CCCGCCGCCUGCGUCUGCCCGCUCCUUGGUCAGGCGCCUGCCCUGAAACCGCCCAGCCAGUGCCCGGGAGCUCGGGUCGCGGUACACAGCGAGCUUCACAGAGGUCCGCAGCCCCGCGCGGUGACAGCAUGAGCACGCGCCUCCCGGCCCUUGGCCUCCUGCUGCUGCUGCUGUGCCCUACGCAGGUGUUUUCACAAUCCUGUGUUUGGUAUGGAGAAUGUGGGAAAGCAUUUGGAGAUAAGAGGUACAACUGCAAAUAUUCUGGUCCACCAAAACCCUUACCGAAGGACGGGUAUGACUUGGUGCAGGAGCUCUGCCCAGGAUUCUUCUUCGACAAUGUCAGUCUCUGCUGUGACGUUCAACAGCUUCGGACACUGAAGAGCAACCUGCAGCUGCCCCUUCAGUUUCUGUCCAGAUGUCCGUCAUGUUUUUAUAACCUAAUGACCCUGUUUUGUGAGCUAACGUGUAGCCCUCACCAGAGCCAGUUUCUGAACGUGACAGCCACUGAAAAUUACAUUGAUCCCAAGACCCAGGAGAAUAAAACAAAUGUAAAGGAAUUGGAGUACUAUGUUGGACAGAGCUUUGCACAUGCAAUGUACAAUGCCUGCCGUGAUGUGGAGGCCCCGUCAAGUAACGAAAAGGCCUUGGGGCUCCUGUGUGGAAGGGAUGCUAGUGCCUGCAAUGCCACCAACUGGAUCGAGUACAUGUUCAACAAAGACAAUGGGCAGGCGCCAUUCACCAUCACCCCCAUCUUUUCAGACCUUCCAAUCCAUGACAUGGAGCCCAUGAGAAAUGCCACCAAAGGCUGCAAUGAGUCUGUAGAUGAGGUCACAGGGCCAUGCAGCUGCCAGGACUGCUCCAUUGUCUGCGGCCCCAAGCCCCAGCCUCCACCGCCUGCCGUACCCUGGAAGAUCUUGGGCUUGGAUGCCAUGUAUGUCAUCAUGUGGAUCACCUACAUGGCAUUUCUGUUUGUAUUUUUUGGAGGACUUUUGGCAGUGUGGUGCCACAGAAGGCGGUAUUUUGUGUCUGAGUACACUCCCAUCGACAGCAAUAUAGCCUUUUCUGUGAACACCAGUGACUCUGGGGAGGCCUCAUGCUGUGACCCACUUGGCGCAGCAUUUGAUGGCUGUCUGAGGCGCAUGUUCACAAAGUGGGGAGCUUUCUGUGUCCGAAACCCCACCUGCGUCGUUUUCUUCUCAUUGGUCUUCAUCGCUGCAUGCUCUUCUGGGCUGGUGUUUGUCCGGGUCACCACCAAUCCUGUGGAGCUCUGGUCAGCCCCUCACAGUCGGGCCCGCAUGGAGAAGGAGUACUUUGAUAAGCACUUUGGGCCUUUCUUUCGCACGGAACAGCUUAUUAUCCAGGCCCCCAACACCAGUGUCCACAUCUAUGAGCCAUACCCUUCUGGAGCCGAUGUGCCCUUUGGGCCCCCGCUGAACAAAGAGAUUCUGCACCAGGUGCUUGACCUGCAGAUUGCCAUUGAGAGCAUUACGGCAUCUUACGACAAUGAGACCGUGACACUUCAAGACAUCUGUGUGGCCCCCCUCUCGCCAUACAACAAGAACUGCACCAUUAUGAGUGUGUUGAAUUACUUCCAGAACAGCCAUUCGGUGCUGGACCACCAAGUAGGCGACGACUUCUUUGUCUAUGCCGACUACCACACACACUUCCUGUACUGUGCACGGGCUCCCGCCUCUCUGAAUGAUACAAGUAUGCUCCAUGAUCCUUGCCUGGGUACGUUUGGAGGACCCGUGUUCCCCUGGCUUGUGCUGGGCGGCUAUGAUGAUCAGAACUACAACAAUGCCACUGCUCUUGUGAUUACCUUCCCUGUCAGCAAUUACUAUAACGACACAGAGAAGCUCCAGAGGGCCCAGGCCUGGGAGAAAGAGUUUAUUGAUUUUGUGAAAAACUACAAGAAUCCCAAUCUGACCAUUUCUUUCAUUGCCGAGCGAAGCAUUGAAGAUGAACUCAAUCGGGAAAGUAAGAGUGAUGUGUUCACUGUUGCCAUCAGCUACGCCAUCAUGUUUCUGUACAUUUCACUUGCCUUGGGACACAUCCAGAGCUGUGGCCGGCUUCUGGUGGAUUCUAAGAUCUCCCUGGGCAUCGCGGGGAUCCUGAUAGUGCUGAGCUCAGUGGCCUGUUCCCUGGGCAUCUUCAGUUACAUGGGGAUGCCCCUGACCCUCAUCGUCAUCGAAGUCAUCCCAUUCUUGGUGCUGGCCGUCGGGGUAGACAACAUCUUCAUUCUCGUGCAGACCUACCAGAGAGAUGAGCGUCUUCAGGAAGAGGCACUGGAUCAGCAACUGGGCAGAAUCCUUGGGGAAGUGGCCCCUACUAUGUUCCUUUCAUCCUUUUCUGAGACCUCAGCGUUUUUCUUUGGGGCGCUGUCCUCCAUGCCGGCUGUCCACACCUUCUCUCUGUUUGCGGGCUUGGCGGUCUUCAUUGACUUCCUCCUCCAGAUUACCUGCUUUGUGAGCCUCCUGGGGUUAGAUAUUAAGAGGCAAGAGAACAAUCGGCUGGACAUCUUGUGCUGUGUCCGAGGUGCUGACGAUGGACGAGGCAUCCAGGCCUCUGAAAGCUACUUGUUUCGCUUCUUCAAAAACUCCUUUGCCCCGCUUCUGCUGAAGGACUGGCUGCGACCAAUUGUGAUAGCCGUAUUUGUGGGUGUUCUGUCAUUCAGUAUUGCAGUCGUGAACAAAGUGGAAAUUGGAUUGGAUCAGUCUCUUUCAAUGCCAAAUGAUUCCUAUGUGAUUGAUUAUUUCAAGUCCCUCGGUCAGCACCUGCACUCGGGCCCACCUGUGUACUUUGUCCUGGAGGAAGGCCAUGACUACACCAGCCGCGAAGGGCAGAACAUGGUGUGCGGCGGCAUGGGCUGUGACAGUGAUUCCCUGGUGCAGCAGAUAUUUAACGCAGCUGAGCUGGACACCUACACCCGCAUAGGCUUUGCCCCCUCAUCCUGGAUUGACGAUUACUUUGACUGGGUUGCACCGCAGUCCUCCUGCUGUAGACUCUACAAUGCCACUCACCAGUUUUGCAACGCUUCUGUGAUUGACCCAACCUGUGUCCGUUGCAGACCUCUAACACCAGAGGGCAAACAGAGGCCUCAAGGGAAAGAGUUCAUGAAAUUCCUGCCCAUGUUCCUUUCUGAUAACCCCAACCCUAAAUGUGGCAAAGGGGGACAUGCUGCCUAUGGUUCUGCUGUUAACAUCAUCGGAGAUGACACUUAUGUUGGGGCCACUUACUUCAUGACUUACCACACUGUACUUAAGACCUCUGCUGACUACAUUGACGCCAUGAAAAAAGCCCAGCUUGUAGCCAAAAACAUCACAGAAACCAUGAAUUCUAAGGGGAGUAACUACCGCGUGUUCCCAUACAGUGUGUUCUACGUCUUCUACGAGCAGUACCUGACCAUUAUUGAUGACACCAUCUUUAACCUCAGCGUGUCUCUGGGCUCCAUAUUUCUGGUGACCUUGGUGAUUCUGGGCUGUGAGUUGUGGUCAGCAGUCAUCAUGUGUGUCACCAUAGCUAUGAUCCUGGUCAACAUGUUCGGUGUCAUGUGGCUGUGGGGUAUCAGUCUAAACGCUGUUUCCUUGGUCAACUUGGUGAUGAGCUGUGGCAUUUCUGUGGAGUUCUGCAGCCAUAUAACAAGAGCAUUCACCAUGAGUACCAAAGGAAGCCGAGUGAGCCGAGCGGAAGAGGCGCUGGCCCACAUGGGUAGUUCAGUAUUCAGUGGAAUCACACUUACAAAAUUUGGAGGGAUUGUGGUGUUGGCCUUUGCCAAAUCUCAGAUUUUUGAGAUAUUUUACUUCAGGAUGUACUUAGCCAUGGUCUUACUCGGAGCCACUCACGGGCUGAUAUUUCUUCCCGUCUUACUCAGCUACAUAGGACCGUCGGUAACUAAAGCUAAAAGACAGACCACUCAAGAUCGAUACAAAGGGACAGAGCGAGAACGGCUCCUCAAUUUUUAGCCUUGUAGCGGGCUUUGGUGACUUCGUCUAUGGAUAGGUCAAGUCUACUGCAGGACAGCCGCACUGUCCAGGCCAUGCUGGGUGCUGGUUGUUCCCAGGCGAUGGGCUGCGUCACAGCUGUGGCAGGUGCAGCCCACUCACCUUUUAAACUCAGGAGCUCACGUAGUAUGGAAUCUGAAGGUGACGGUUGUCAGCCCUACAGCAAAGAAACCUUGUCUCGCUCGGGCAAGAGGAAGGACAGUGGAUGCGGCCCAGUCACCACUCUGACAAGCCAGUCCAUGUGCUGUCUCCUUUUUCAGGAGUUAGCUACCACACACAUUGUAUAGCUUAUUUUUAGCAACAUUUGAGAAUGUUGUAGGUACUUUAUUACAACGUUUUGUAGUUUAAAGAGCUUUAUUAAUGCAAUAAAUUAACUUUGUACAUUUUUAUAUUAAAAACUGUCAAGGGACUUCAGAAUGUCGUAGGCCUCAUUAGAGCUUGUUCUCCAAAAACCUGCUUGAAAAAGGCGACGUGUUCCUCACAGUGUUCUCCUGUGGGGAGAAUGUAGCUUUAGUCAGCAGCUAGCGAUGUGUGGCGGGGAAGGAAGUGCAGACAAAAGCUCCUGGGUUAUAUACUGAUAUACUGGGUUUUAACUUAUUUUUCUUUAAUAAAAUACCUCAUCCUCCUAAA